CCCCGAAUUCCCAAUUCAACUGGAAAGGCAAAGCGGCAGAGACAAAAAAAAACGGACAAGAAGGAGAAACGCCAGAACCAGUAGUGUUCCUCCUCGUUUGACAUUGACAGCACCUCAGUGGCAAAACCACAGCAUCAAGAAGACAAUCUGCGACCACUGUUCACUACAGAAGAUCUACUUUGAACCUGUUUGUUUAAAUGAGCAGCCUUUUCAACUCCAUAUCCAUAUCUGCUGGCUCCCGACGAGGAGAAAGAACAAGAUACAGUUACGCGGCGACGUUUGGACAACACCGGACUCGGAUCCCGGAGACAUUGAACUUUUACUCCUGCUACCGGUUCUAUAAAACAAAGCAUUCGGCUAAAUGACUGUUUUUGGGGGCUUUUACGGACAGUUGCUGUGCGCACCGAGGAUGGCGUGGAUAAGACUUAUAUAAUAUUGAAAUAUUCUGUCCCCUAACCUCCAUUCCUUACCCUGUGGGGGGUACACGGAGCAUCCAGGGGAGGGGGUAGCUUGAGACACCUCCGCGACCUGUGCCACCUUACCACUCCGCUUCGGAGUGGCCGGCCCUGCCGGUCUGGCUGGGAUGCGUCCCUCCGUGCUUGUAGGGCUCUUCAUCGGCUGCGCCCUGUUUCUCGCACCUGUAACCCAGGGCUGUGGGCCGGGGAGGGGAUACGGCAAGAGACGUCUGCCAAAGAAGCUCACACCCCUCGCUUAUAAGCAGUUCAGCCCAAACGUUGCCGAGAAAACACUGGGCGCCAGUGGCAAACACGAGGGGAAAAUAACGAGAAAUUCAGAACGGUUCAAAGAGCUCACUCCCAACUAUAACCCUGAUAUCAUAUUUAAAGAUGAGGAGAAUACGGCUGCUGAUCGACUUAUGACCCAGCGUUGCAAAGACAAGCUGAACUCCCUGGCCAUCUCUGUGAUGAACAUGUGGCCUGGGGUGAAGCUGAGAGUGACAGAGGGAUGGGACGAGGACGGGCACCACUCAGAGGACUCCCUCCAUUAUGAGGGAAGAGCGGUGGACAUCACCACCUCAGACCGGGACAGGAACAAGUACUCCAUGCUGGCUCGGCUGGCCGUAGAGGCUGGCUUCGACUGGGUCUACUAUGAAUCGAAGGCACACGUGCACUGCAGUGUCAAGUCAGAGCACUCAGUAGCAGCUAAGACCGGGGGCUGUUUCCCUGGUCGUUCUCUGGUCACUCUGGAUGACGGGAGCAGCAGGGCAGUUCAGGACCUCCAGCCAGGUGACCGGGUCCUGGCCUCCUCGGGGGCUGACGGCAGCAGGUUCGGAGGAGACCUCGUCUACAGUGAGUUCUUCACCUUCCUGGACCACGAGCCUGCAGCCAGGAAACAGUUCUACGUGUUGGGAACAGAGACGGGAGCAAACCUGACCCUCACCGCGGCUCAUCUUGUGUUCGUGACCGAGGGUAACUGUUCAGUGGGGGAGUCGUCCAAAGGGGUUGUCAUGCGGACUAUGUACGCCAGCGACGUACGGCCAGGACAGUGUGUGCUGACCGCAGGGAGAAACCAGGGACCACAGGGAAACCUCUCCCAGGUAAUUUGGGUCCACAUCCAGAUGGACACCGGGGCCUUCGCCCCUCUGACACGCCACGGCUCACUGGUGGUGGACGGCGUUCUAGCCUCGUGCUACGCUGCUAUGGACCAGCACCAACUAGCCCACUGGGCAUUUGGCCCCCUCCGACUGCUGUACAGCUGGACCAGAUGGACUGGUGCCUCUCUAGGAGACGGACUACACUGGUACUCACAAGUCCUGCAUUGGAUAGGAAUGUUCCUAUUGGACCCUGGACAUUUCCACCCCUGGGGGAUGGUCGACUCAGAGAGAUAAAGAGAGAGAAAGAAAGAAAAGACAAGUAAAUUGACCCAUCAAAUCUAAUGUUAUUUUGUCAGGUUGCUUCGUAGAAAACAGGUCUAACAGUGAAAAGCUAACUUACUGGUCCAUUUCCAACCAUGAAUAACAAAUAAAAAUAAAGAGUACAAGUAACAUGGCUAUAAAAACGAUAUAUACAAAAGUAUGUGGACAACACUUAAAAUUAGUGGAUUCGGCUUUUUCAGCAACCAGUUGCUGCCAGGUGUAUAGAAAAUCAAGCACACAGCCAUGCAAUCGCCAUAGACAAACAUUGGCAGUAGAAUGGCCUUACUGAAGAGUGACUUUCAACGUGGCACCAUCAUAGGAUGCCUCCUUUCCAACAAGUCAGUUCGUCAAAUUUCUGCCCUGCUCGAAGUGGAAAUGUCUAGGAGCCACAACAGCUCAGCCGCGAAGUGGUAGGACACACAAGCUCGCACAAUGCCCCUGUGCACAGAGCUAGGUCCAUACAGAAAUGGUUUGUCGAGAUCGGUGUGGAAGAACUUGACUGGCAUACAGAGAGCCCUGACCUCAAACCCAUCGAACACCUUUUGGAUGAAUUGGAACGUCGACUGCGAGCCAGGCCUAAUCGCCCAACAUCAGAUCACCUGACCUCACUAAUGCUCUUGUGGCUGAAUGGAACCAACAGCAAUGUUCCAUCAUCUAGUGGAAAGCCUUCCCAGAAGACUGGAGGCUGUUAUAGCAGCAAUGUUCCAACAUCUAGUGGAAAGCCUUCCCAGAAGAGUGGAGGCUGUUAUAGAAGCAAUGUUCCAACAUCUAGUGGAAAGCCUUCCCAGAAGAGUGGAGGCUGUUAUAGAAGCAAUGUUCCAACAUCUAGUGGAAAGCCUUCCCAGAAGAGUGGAGGCUGUUAUAGCAGCAAUGUUCCAACAUCUAGUGGAAAGCCUUCCCAGAAGAGUGGAGGCUGUUAUAGCAGCAAUGUUCCAACAUCUAGUGGAAAGCCUUCCCAGAAGAGUGGAGGCUGUUAUAGAAGCAAUGUUCCAACAUCUAGUGGAAAGCCUUCCCAGAAGAGUGGAGGCUGUUAUAGCAGCAAAGGGGAAACCAACUCCAUAUUAAUGGCCAUGAGCAGGUGUUCACAUGCUUUUUGUCAUGUAGUGAGUGAGUGUGUGGGUGUAUGUAGUGUAGGUGUGGUCAAAUCCAGCAUGUGUGCAUAGAGUCAUUGAAAAACAGUGUCCAUGCAGGGAGUCUUAUGGUUUGCAGAAGUCUUAUGGUUUGGGGGUAGAAGCUCUUCUGGAUCCUCUUGACUCCAGACUUGGUGCAUUGGUACCACUUGCCGUGAGGUAGCAGAGAAAACGGUCUGUGGCUUGGGUGGCUGGAGUAUUUGACCAUUUUGACACAGACUGGAACAGAGGUCCUGGAUAGCAGGAAGUUUGGCCCCAGUGAUGUACUGGGCCGUACACACUACCCUCUGUAGCACCUUGAGGUCGGAUGACAAGCAGUUUCGAUACUAGGCAGUGAAGCAGCCAGUCAAGAUGCUCUCAAUGGUGCAGCUGUAGAACGUUUUGAGGACCUGAGGGCCAACGCCAAAUCUUUUCAGCCUCCUGAGGGGGAAGAGGUGUUGUCGUUCCCUCUUCACGACUGUGUUGGUGUAGUGUGGAUCAUGAUAGAUCCUUCGGGAUCUGGACACCAAGGAACUUGAAGCUGUCGACCGUCUCCAAUACAGUCCCGUCGAUGUAAAUGGCUGUGUGCUCGGCCCUCCAUUUCCUGUUGCCCAUGAUCAGCUCCUUUGUCUUAUUGUCGUUGAAGGAGAGUUUGUUGUCCUUGGAACCACACGCCAGGAGUCUGACGUCCUCCCUGUAGGCUGUCUCAUCGUCAUCGGUGAUCAGGCCUCCCACCAUUGUGUUGUCAGAAAACUUUAUUGUGGUUUUGAAGUUGUGCACUGCCAUAACAGCCUCCACUCUUCUGGGAAGGCUUUCUACUAGAUGUUGGAAGAGGGAGUACAGGAGGGGAGUAAGCAUGCACCCCUGAGGGGCUCCUUUGUUGAGGGUCAACGUGGUGGAUGUGUUGUUGCCCGUCAGGAAGUCCAGUUGCAGAGGGACGUGUUAACAUAGUGAUGAGCUUCAAGGGCACUAUGGUGUUGCUGAGCUGAACUGUAGUCAAUGAACAGCAUUCUGUAGACAGUGAACAGCAUUCUGUAGACAGUGAACAGCAUUCUGUAGACAGUGAACAGCAUUCUGUAGACACUGAACAGCAUUCUGUAGACACUGAACAGCAUUCUGUAGACACUGAACAGCAUUCUGUAGACACUGAACAGCAUUCUGUAGACAGUGAACAGCAUUCUGUAGACAGUGAACAGCAUUCUGUAGACAGU